AUGGUCCUCGACAAUGUCAACCCUGCCAUCAAGAACCUCGGCGUGACGCUGAUCCUGAUGCAAGUGGCCAGAAAGAUCGACUUUGACCGACCGGAUGUGCUCUUCGGCGUGCGAUGUCUCUACGUCUUCUCUCAGCUGUUCAUCCUGGGCGUCUACUACUACGUCUCAAUCAAGAUCAAGUCCAAGAAUGACCAGACCUUGCUCAAGUACAUCGAGCCCAAGACACCGGGCUCACAAGAGCCAGGCGUGCCCGUCUCGACGACCUACAGGGAUUAUGACCUGGCAGAGACGAGCAAGCAAGUGCGGCAAGUCCUCAUCGGCAUUGCGAUGAUGUGUUUCCUCCACGGCUACAUGAAGUACACCCAGCCGCUGUUCUUGCAGUCGCUCAUGCCCAUGAAGGCAGCUCUAGAAGCAAAGAUCGUGCAGCUGCACCUCUUCGGCCAACCAGCGACGGGCGAACUCAAGCGUCCCUUCAAAGUGGGCGGACUGAUGGGCGCAGCAGACCCGGUCACCGACAAGGCAGCGAUCAAGCAAGCAGAGAAGACCAGAGCUGCACGCAAGGAUGAAUAG